AAAAAAAAAAAAAAAAGAUCCUGCGUUGAACAAACAUUGUCCGAUCCAGAUCGGAACUGACUGCAUUCUUCUGCCGGGAAUAUCAAUUAUGAAUAGGUGUUUAGCAAACUAAAACGGAGCAGCAGAUCAGAAGCAAACUGUAUUAUUUCCUUCCGCUGUUUCAAGUGAGCUUUGAAUUCGCCAUCGAUAAAGAAAUGGCCACCAUCGAAACACCACUGCUAUUAGACACCGUCGAUGGCGCCGUUGACUACAAACACCGUCCGGUCCUCCGAUCCAACUCCGGCGGCUGGAGAUCCGCAUCCUUCAUCAUAGGUGUGGAAGUGGCAGAGAGGUUCGCCUACUAUGGCAUCAGCUGCAACCUCAUAACGUACCUGACUGGGCCGCUGGGCCAGUCCACGGCCACCGCGGCCGAGAACGUGAACGCGUGGUCCGGCACGGCGUCGUUGCUACCUCUUUUGGGGGCAUUCGUGGCCGAUUCUUUUCUGGGCCGCUACCGCACUAUUGUCAUUGCUUCUCUCAUCUACAUCCUGGGACUAGGCUUGUUGACUCUGUCGGCUAUGCUUCCUUCUUCAAGCACUUCUUCUGACUACCUAGACACCAAAAUUAAAUUGGGUUCUGUAAAUCAGCUCCAAGUAAUCUUAUUCUUUGUAUCUCUAUAUAUAGUAGCCGUUGCUCAGGGCGGACACAAGCCCUGUGUUCAGGCUUUUGGUGCCGAUCAGUUUGACGGGCGACAUCCAGAGGAGCUCAGAGCCAAAAGCUCAUUCUUCAAUUGGUGGUACCUUGGUGUGUGUGCGGGUGCCACAGUAACAGUAGUGAUCAUGAGCUACAUACAAGACAACCUUAGCUGGGGUCUAGGAUUUGGAAUCCCUUGUAUUGUGAUGGUCAUUGCUUUGGGUAUCUUUUUGCUCGGUACGAGGACUUAUCGGUAUAGUAUCAAAGGGAAGGGGAGAAGCCCAUUUGUGAGAAUUGGUCGAGUGUUUGUUGCCGCAGCGAGGAACUGGCAGACCGCCCCUUCGGCUGUAGCUACUGAAGAGGAAGCUGGUAGACCCCUCCCGCACCAUAGCUCCGAGCAAUUCAAGUUCCUCAACAAAGCUUUGGCGUCUCCAAAAGAAGGCGAGGUUUGUACCGUCGAUGAGGUUGAAGAAGCAAAGGCAGCUCUCAGGCUUGUUCCAAUUUGGGUGACGAGCUUGGGAUACGGCAUUGUGUUUGCACAAACCACAACUUUCUUUACCAAGCAAGGGGCUACCAUGGACAGAACAAUUUUCCCUGGCUUUGACAUACCAGCGGCUUCACUACAAUUCUUCAUGGGAGUGGCCGUUGCAGUUUUCAUUCCCGUAUAUGACUUGAUUUUUGUUCCUACAGCAAGAGCUUUCACCAGGAAGCCCCAUGGCAUCACGAUGCUGCAGAGAAUUGGAACUGGGAUGUUUCUAUCUUUCAUUUGCAUGGUUGUUGCAGCUCUGAUUGAAAUGAAAAGGUUGAAAACAGCUCAAGAAUAUGGGCUGGUUGAUAUGCCAGAUGCGACUGUUCCAAUGAGUAUUUGGUGGUUGGUUCCUCAAUAUGUCUUGUCUGGAACUGCCGAUGUUUUCACCAUGGUUGGUCUGCAAGAAUUUUUCUAUGAUCAGGUCCCAAUUGAGUUGAGGAGUGUGGGUCUCGCCCUCUAUCUCUGUGUUGUUGGAGUUGGGAGUUUUUUAAGCAGCUUUCUUGUUUCUAUCAUCGAGGAAGCAACUGGCGGGGAUGGGAAAGAAAGCUGGUUUGCUGAUAAUCUCAACCAGGCUCAUCUUGACUAUUUUUAUUUUCUGCUUGCUGGAAUCAGUGCAGUUGCAUUCGCUGCAUACUUGUAUUUUUCAAAAUCUUACAUUUAUAAUAGGCAAAGUACAAGCUGAAUACUCAGUUGCAAAUGAUAAUACGAGGAACCUACUUUGAAACCAUGUUAGAACAGUUUAGAUGAUGAAAUAAAGAGGAACUUUGAACA